GAUUGUUGAUGUUGUAAUUGUGUAGAUUGUUGCUCUAUUAUAGCUAUUAGUACCUUUGCAGUUAUGGCUGCACUGUCAAGACGAUUGCUCUUAGUUACACGGCCUGUGGCUGCUAGCUGCAGAUCAAUAACAUGCAGCAGCUCUUCUCGAGCUUGGUGGACUACUCCGCAGGCAGUGAAGCCUCUCACAGAUGUUCCUGCACGAAUGAAGGGAAAAGCAAAGAAGUCCCAUGUUACGCAAGUAGAUGAAAGCAUCUUGGAGGGUCAUGUGAAUGUUGAGGUGCUAAAGAAAUCUAUGCAGACAGCAGUAGAUGCCUUGGAAUGGCAGUUCAACAAGUCGAUCACACUUCGCCCAACCAUUGCGCUGUUGGACUUUGUCAAGAUCGUGAUCGCCGGCAAGCAACGACGCAUCAAGGAUCUUGCCCAGCUCUCGCAGCAAAAGGACGGCUUCAUCGUCAACUGCACGCAAAACCCAGAGGCGUUGCAAGUUAUUCAAGAUGCAGUGAACGACUCCGACCUGGGCCUAUCUGCCAUCGCGUCCGGCAAGAACACGAUACGUGUUCCGAUACCAAAGGUGACUGGAGAGCUGCGAGCAAGACUGGCCAGAAUGGCAAAGGAAGCUGCUGAAAAGGCACGGGUGGGCAUUCGCCGAACACGUGGAAAUGGCAUCAACGACGCCAGACGCCUGCAACAAGUCUCUUCUGACGACAUCCGCAGCUUCGAGAAACAGAUCGACCUCAUCUCUAGACUGUAUCUGGAUCGAGUGGACGCAAUGCUGAAGGCAAAGGAUGCAGAACUGCUCAAGUGAUGACCUGAACGACAGGGCCAGGGUACCGUGUCGGCCAAGCUGCUAUAGCAGAGGCUUGUGUAGCGCCUGCGCCAUGCUAAAAAAGAGAACUGUCAAAACUCGGCAAUAGCCUCACCAGCAGGAUGUUCUUGUUCAACUGCCUUCAUUCAAGAUGUGCUUCGUGUGCCUAGCAAACUAGACCAGCCACUCAGUGCUGUAACACUGCACUACCGGCUGUGUCACUCUCACCGCAUCUCUACAGUACACGUGAUAGUACAAGACUACUGAUUGCUGCAUUGCAAUAAGUGUCGUUGACAACUCAACUGUGCAGGGAUAAAGCAGCUGCAAACAGGGAAAUUAUAGGACUGUACAGAGAAUGUGUGCGUGAGCAUCUUGAUCAUUUAGUAAUAUUUACAUUGACUGAUGUUCAGUAUGUACAUUGUGAAUAGCGGUGACGGCAUGAAUUGAAGAAGCGCUGUGCAGAAUUUUUAACAUGUACACUAGUUACCUUUAUUCAUUGAGUAAAUUCUGAAUAUGCUGAGCUAUGUACAAUGAUCACCGGGGAGUACUCCCUGAUGACAACUAUCCUACAACGUGCUGUGCUGUAUACUUCUGGCAUCCAUUGGUUUUCAGUGGCUUUUCAGGGCUUGCCGAGACCUACAUAGCUUCACCUUCACCUUCCUCCUCCUGUGCAAGAACAAUCCAAGAUAGUAAUAGAAUACUAUUGUCACAGUC